UAAAAAAAGAAAAGUUUAUGUUGAAGAAACAAAUUAUUUGAGUAUUGAAAUUACAAUAGACAUGUAAAUGUGAAAACAAAGUAACUGAUUGUGAAAAUAGGAAACAGAAGCAAACAGUUACAUUGCUGUUGGAUUUCAUGGGGAGACUUUCUGCACAAGCUAGAGAAAGUGAACUAAGAGAUGGUCUCUCCUGUAGGUUCCUGGUAGAGGCAUGCAGCCAGUCUUGGUGGGAGUACCGCAGAUCUCGGCACAACAAUCCAGUGGCGGAGGUGCACGGUGCCCAGCCAACUCUUGCCCCUACUGUGGCCGAGAGUUUAUUAAGACGGGUGACCUCAAUCGUCACAUCCGUACCCACACUGGGGAGAAACCUUUCCAGUGCCCACACUGCCCAUACCGCUCCAGCAGAAAGUCCACACUUAGGAAUCAUGUCCUUGCCCAUCACAGUGGCUGACGAGGCUGCAUGGCGGGCCAGCAGUGUUGGGCGUUUUGGUUCGUCCUGGCCAAAGACAAGUCGUUUUACUUGUUGCUACUGCCAGAUGGAGUUCUACCAUAAGCAUGACUAUCUCAGACACCUCCGAACACACAC